UGACCUAUUCAUUCAGCAAACGGGAGUAAGCAAAAUUGCAGACCAAAGCUGUUCUUCCUUCCCUACAUUCAUUCAUCCAAAAGAAACACCUUGUUAGUUCCUAGACUGAAGCGAUGAAGUCGCUGAAGUUCAAACUAGUAGAAAUCUUUCUAUUUCUGAGUUUGUAUUAUGUAUGUAUUGCAGCAGAAGAAAAGAUCCAGAAAGCUAAAAGGACUUAUAUUGUUCACGUGGACAAGUCCAACAUGCCAGAAACUUUCACUGAUCAUGCCCUCUGGUAUGAUACAUCUUUAAAAUCUGUCUCAGACUCAGCAUCCGUGCUUUACAGAUAUGAAAACGUAGUCCAUGGCUACUCGACGAUGCUAACGACUGAGGAAGCUGAAGCACUAGGAGAACAACCUGGAAUUCUCUCUGUUUUACCUGAGGUGAUAUAUGAACUGCACACAACUAGAACGCCAGAGUUCCUCGGGUUAGGAAAGAGCACUACUCUCUUCCCCACCUCUGAUUCAAUGGGUGAAGUGAUUGUUGGCGUAUUGGACACCGGAGUUUGGCCCGAGCUGAAAAGUUUCGAUGAUUCGGGACUUGGACCAGUACCAUCACGCUGGAAAGGCGAGUGCCAGGUGGGGAAAAACUUCAGUGCAUCGAGCUGCAACAGGAAACUAAUUGGAGCCAAGUUCUUUUCAAAAGGGUAUGAAGUUGCGUUCGGGCCUAUUGAUGAAACGAUGGAGUCAAGGUCCCCGAGAGAUGAUGAUGGACAUGGAACUCACACAGCAACUACAGCUGCAGGGUCAGUUGUGCCCUCUGCUAACUUGCUAGGGUAUGCUUCUGGGACAGCGCGGGGGAUGGCUUCACAUGCCCGAGUGGCCGUCUACAAGGUGUGUUGGCUUGGUGGGUGUUUUGGCUCUGAUAUUGUAGCAGCCAUGGAUGCAGCUGUUGCAGAUGGAGUGGAUGUUUUGUCGAUGUCUAUCGGGGGAGGGUUAUCGGAGUACUACAGUGACACUGUUGCCAUUGGAGCAUUCACAGCAGCUGCAAAUGGAAUUUUUGUAUCUUGUUCAGCUGGAAACGGUGGACCCAUGCCAAGCAGCUUGUCAAAUGUUGCACCGUGGAUAACCACUGUAGGUGCCGGAACAUUGGACCGUGAUUUCCCUGCCUCUAUUACUCUGGGUAACAGUGAACUACACUCCGGUGUGACACUUUAUAAUGGAAAGCAGUUAUCUGAUUCCAUGGUGCCACUAGUUUAUGGCGGUAAUGUGAGUAAUUCAAGUGGUGGAGCUCUUUGCAUGGCCGGAAGUUUGAUUCCAGAAAAAGUUGCCAGGAAGAUAGUGGUAUGUGAUCGAGGAGGUAGUGCGAGGGUCCAAAAGGGUGUUGUGGUGAAGGAUGCUGGUGGCAUAGGGAUGAUUUUGACAAACACAGAUACUUUUGGAGAAGAGUUAGUCGCCGAUGCGCAUCUCUUACCUUCAGCAGCUGUUGGACAGAAGACCGGGGAUGCAAUCAAGAAAUAUAUAUCUUCUACUCGUAAUCCAACAGCCAAAAUUGGUCCUGGAACCACAAAGUUGGGCGUUCAACCAUCACCAGUGGUUGCAGCAUUCAGUUCUAGAGGUCCAAACCCAGUCACUCCAGCAAUACUUAAACCAGACAUUAUUGCACCAGGGGUCAAUAUCCUAGCUGGGUGGACUGCUGCUGUUGGUCCGACCGGAUUACAGAGUGACCCAAGGCAUGUAAACUUCAACAUCAUUUCAGGCACAUCAAUGUCUUGCCCCCAUGUUAGUGGCUUAGCUGCAAUUGUCAAGGCUGCUCAUCCUGAAUGGAGUCCAGCAGCCAUUAAAUCUGCCCUCAUGACCACAGCUUAUACAGCUUAUAAAACUGGUCAAAAGAUCGAAGAUGUUGCCACUGGAGGACCAGCAACGCCGUUUGAUUAUGGUGCCGGACAUGCCGACCCAGUUGCAGCCCUUGAUCCCGGCCUUGUAUACGAUGCCACUAUCGAUGACUACCUCGGUUUUCUUUGUGCUUUGAACUACACACCAAAUCAAAUUAAGAGCACUACCCACAGAGACUUCACUUGCCAGACAAGUAAAAAGUACACCUUGGGAGAUUUUAACUACCCAUCCUUCUCUGUUCCUCUGGAAACUGCGUCAGGCAGAAGGGGUGGUGCUGACUCCUCAAGCAUCAUCAAAUAUACUAGGACCCUUACUAAUGUUGGUGCCCCGGCAACUUAUAAGGUUUCUUUGCAUUCACAGACUCAAGCAGUGAAAAUGUCAGUUGAGCCAGAAACGCUUAGCUUCAAAGCACAAUACGAGAAAAAGAGCUACACAGUGACAUUCAAAACGAGUUCUAUGCCGUCUGGUACAACCAGCUUCGCUCGUCUGGAAUGGUCAGAUGGAAAACACAUUGUUGGUAGUCCAAUAGCUUUCAGUUGGACAUAACCAUGACAACAAUUAGGUUCAUGAUACUAAUACUGGGACUUUCAAGUGCCCUCAAAGCACCAGAGACCUCUCUUAUAGUAUAUGAAUCCAUCUCGUACUAUCUCAUAUUACAGCAACGCACAAAGCAGCUCCAACUGUAUUCAUAAAUGCUCUCCAAAAACAAUUAGGGGACAGUAAAUUGGGUUUAAAAAAAAGGUCAGGGCCAGCUCGGGGAAUAAUUGUAUAGUGGCCUACCUGUAUAAGGAACUAGCAUGUUAAUUUAAACUGGAUUCCUAGUUAUAAGUCAUGUUUUACAAAUAUUGCAUCUUGCAUUCUUCCAAUAUCCUUGUCUAUCAUAGUUCACACUGUUGAGAAAGAUAAAAGAGGGUUAUUGUUAUUA